AUGAUCUCGCCCAUCGACCACUACCACCUGAGCACGCACAUUCGCCAGCUCGAGCUCCUCUACGCCGACUGGAACCCCAAGCCCUGGCUUCAGAUGCAGAAGCGCAAGGCGAUCAACAUGAUCACCGAGAAGGCCAUCGAGGCGCACUUCAUCCGUGUCCCUCCUUCCAAGAUCCGUUACACGUUUGACGCAAAGUCCACCCUCGUCGCCAGGCUCUGGAAGCAGAAGACGAUCCCCGAGCUCGUCGAGAUCUACCACAGUGGCCGCGACCAGCUCUUCGAGGAGCGCACCGAGGCGCUCCUCACCAAGCUCGAGGGCAUGGUGUAUGCCCACGUCAAGCACCUCGGCGGCAAGGUGCACGAGUUCAAGUGGAUGGAGUCGCCCGGCAUCGGCAAGCACGGCUUCGAGUUCCGCGCCAACAUCCCCAUCGCGUGGCGCGACCUCGAGAUCCUCCAGCUCAACAUGAGCCACGCUUGCCGCGUCACCAACAAGCACUACGUGUCGCCUCGCAUCUACGUCGAGAAGCAGCGCAUCUUCACCAAGGUGUAG